AUGUAUCUUUCUCUAGAGAAAUCUGAAAAAAUGUCAAGUGUCAAAUCCAGCAAGACUGCCUUGAAAGGUUCAAAAACAGCAGCAAAGAAACAGAAAGGUAAAAAGGAUGAAGUUGAUCUUUCUAUGGCCAGUAUAGGCCACCCAGAAAUCUUUCCUUUGGUUUUGACUGCAAAGACCCAAGAAAUUUUUAACUGCCGACCUGAUGAAGAUGUCACAGUAGAAAAUAAUUUCAAGUGUAUUAAAAAAGAGGACAUAAUUCAAGACCUGAAAACAAGAGCUAAAUCUUCUGAUUUCUUCCCUUUCAAACAAGUUAUCCUAGAAUAUCCAGGGGAAGAACUCUUGGUAGUUUUUGAUCCAAGCUUCCAGUAUGGAGAGAACUUUUAUAUUGUUGCUUCUGAAGAAGCCAAGGAAAACUUUCUAAAGUCUUUAGCAGCUGCAGAAGAAAAAGAGGAAACAGAAGAAGAAAACAUAGAGGAAACUCCAGAAGUCCGCAAACCUUGGGUUUCCCUUGGCAGUGAAAAGGAAGUUGAAGAAGAAUCUCUUCAAGAAAGGGAAACAAAGAUUAAGUACAAGAUCUCUCGAGUUCGCAGGAAGUUUGGUGCACCCAUUACAUUUACUGACAAGAAUGCUGCAGAUGAAAAAGAGAGCUAUGCUGAAUGCACAGCAUAUGAAGAUGAUACUUUCAGUAUUAAAUUGCUUGAAAGGGAUGUAGGGGUACAAAUGGUUCCAAAACUAAGAGAAGCUAGUACUCAGACAAAAUGGACCUAUCCAAAAAAUGCAUCCACACAGUAUUAUCCAAGGCUGUUGUCAAAUGAAGCAAAAGCAGAGAGUCUGUCGUCUGAGAGGCUGAAAAAAUUUCUUACAGCAGUACAAAUAAGAGUGGAAAUUGCACUGCAGCAAAAUGAAAUUAUGAAUGUUUUUUUUGAUGACUGGAAGGCCCUAGCAGAAGACCAAGAAGAAGGCAAGCCAGAUGUUUAUCUUAAAGAAUACCAAUUGUUUACAGAUGUGCAGUAUCUCAAGAACAGAACCAUUAGCUGCGUUCGCUGGCAUCCAACCAUUUAUGGGAUUAUAGCACUGUCAGCAAGAGAACAGCUUUCCUAUGAAGAACAAGUUAACCUUUCUAAUAAAUCAUUGCUACACCAGUCAGUUAUACUUCUCUGGAGUUUGUUUGACCCUCAAUGCCUCCAGUUGGUGUUGAAGGCUCCUGAAGAUAUUUGCUGCUUUCAGUUCAGUCCAAGUAAUCCAAAUAUCAUUGCUGGUGGCUGUGUUGAUGGACAGGUUGUAUUGUGGGAUAUUUCUAAACAUGAAGAAAAGCUGGAAAGUACAAAGCCUGUUGCUGAUGAAAUCACUGACUCGUCAGAGGGUGAGCCAAGAGCAGCAGUGGUGACUGAGCCAUCACCUAAGCAAGUCCAGCACAGUAGCACAGAGCCACAUCUAGUGAGACACUGUGCAGCCUCUUCCACACCAUAUUGUCAUACAAAGCCAGCAACAGAUGUACAAUGGCUACCACGUAACGAUGAGGAAAACCAAAAAGGCGGUACUUCUGAAAACAAAGAUGAAAAAAACCUGCAGCUUGUAACUUGCUCCCCUGAUUGCUCAAUAUUGUUUUGGGGUAUUCCAUCCAUGGAACAUCGUGAACAAUUUUUAUCUGAGCAAAUAAAGGAGGAGAGAAGAUCUCAGAUGGCCCGUGAUGAUCCAGACACUGAUGAGGAUUUAGAUCUCUCCUGGAAACCUCUCAUAAAGAUCAACCUGCGUGAAAGGGAGAACGACACAGAGUAUGGUCCCACGAGAAUCAGUUUAAGGAAACUGCAGUAUCGCUACAAACCCCCAGGGAGGGCAAGAACUCGGGGCGCAGUAAGAGCACCUGUCAAAGAGAGCCCAUUUACAGAGAUGAGUGCAUCUUCAAGCAAAAAUCUGGAACUGCUAGAGAACAUAUCCACUGACUUUUUUGUUGGAAAUGCAGAUGGAGAAGUUGUUUAUUCUGAAUGGAAAAAGAAAAUUGAUACUAAUACAGCAAAACCAGUUAGUCAGAAGCACUCCCAGAAAUACUCCCUCCACACUGAAACUAUCAAUACUCUCCAGAAUUCUCCAUUUUUUAAAGACAUCUUUCUAAGCAUUGGAGGCCAGAAGUUUGCCAUUUGGAAAGAAGGAGUUACAAAUGGACCAAUCCUUCAGUCAAGCUGCUCUGCAGGAAGAUACACUGCAGGACAAUGGUCCUUCACAAGACCAGGAGUCUUCUUCAUUGGCAGAGACAAUGGAAAUAUAGAUAUUUGGGACUUACUGAAGAAAACUCAUGAGCCAUCUCAUUUCCAGAACAUCUCCAAAUCCAUCAUCACUUUCAUCAGCCCCUCUAGUGCCUCAGCGGAGCAGCAUUUUCUGGCUGUUUCUGACAAUGUUGGAGUUCUGCACAUUUUGGAAAUCUGUCAAACAUUAUGUCACCCUUCAAGUAAUGAGCAUGCCAAAGUCCUUGAUUACUUCGAAAGAGAAGUCAAAUAUCUGAAGUACUGUGAAGAGGAGUUUGAAGAGUAUCAAAAGUUUCAAGCCAAAACAGAAUUGAAAUUGAACUGGAGACAGAGAGACAGAAAACACAUAUGACUCCAUAAAACAAAAGAAGAGAUGGAGGAUCAAGAAAAUGCACAUUAUACCAUGUUUCUAGUGCUGGAGAAGCAGAUAGUAAUGGAUUUAGAAACAAGAAAUACUUUCCUCACUGGAUGCUUAGAGCCCAUUAUCACCUUUAGAACCAGCAAACUUCUUAUUGAAAGACCUUUAUUUCAGCAGAACAUGUUUAGCUUUGGAAAUAAAGAAUCUUGCAGCAAGA